AUGGUGGCUUCCAAUCAAGUUUCUUUUUUCACUAUUCCCCUCUUGCUAGCUGCUACUAGUACAGUUGCUGGUUUGCAUAGUUCACAUGGUAUCGUGUCCAGAUCCGAGCCUGGCAACAACGGGAUCGUUAAUCUCGCAUUGCGCCUUGACAAUGAAGAGGAGAUCUCCAUCGAAACCCGGGAAGCAUCGCUCACUCUAGAGGCGCGAGCAAAGCUACAAAAGCAGCCCCCCAAGCCGAAAGCUGAAAAAGCGAAGACUGCCCAGUCGAAGCCAGCAAAGCUGCAGAAGAAGCCUCCGCAGAACAACAAGCCAAAAAUCGACAAAUCGAAGAUUUCCAGCCCGAAGCUGAUCAGCAGCUCAAAUCCAGGAGUAACGAGUUUCAAGUCCGCAACACAAUACCACGUACCUUCAUACAAAGGACCAGAUGGCAAAAAAGUAUCAGAUCCAAAGGGGUGGAAAGUCUCAAAGCGAUCACGGCUCCAAAGGCGAGCAAAACUACAGAAGCAGCCCCCCAAGCCUAAGGCGGAAAAACCGAAGCCUGCACCGAAGCCUGCCCAGUCGAAGCCUGCAAAGCUACAGAAGAAGCCUCCGCAAAGCAAUAAGCCAAAGAUCGAUAAAUCAAAGAUCUCCAGCCCGAAGCUGAUUAGUAGCACCCACCCGGCAGUAACUCAAAUCAAGUCUGCAACCCAAUAUCAUGUGCCUUCAUACAAAGGGCCAAAUGGUUUCAAAGCGGUCAAUGUUGCGCAGACUAUCCAAGCGACAGAAGUAGAACUCAAGGCUUUCAAGUCCAAGUCGACAAAGCCAGGAUUAGUCGGCAGAAUCGUGUCGUCAAUCAGCACAGAUCUAGCUACAUCUAGUCACUCACAAAACUAA